UUUGGGUCUCUUGCAUUUUUAUUUUUAUUGAUUAUUAAUACAUUUGCUAUGUUUUGUAGCUGUAGGUUUUUAUUAUUUUUUGCUUAUUCUGCCCCCUAUAGGAACAAUUAGAAACUACUGAGCAGACGGACGGAAUAUCACAGUGUAGCCAAGCAAUCAGCCAAUCAAAUAAUAGUGUGCUCCAAUCUCUUGUGUGCCAAGGAACCAACAUGAAAGUCCCUAAAACGGAUCCCUUCCCUAAUUUUGGUAACUCUGUUUUGCCCCUCAAUGAGUCAUUUGAUAAUAAUAACAACAACAGAGCAUUGUCUGUGUAUAAAGAUAGAAUCAGUGUUACAUCCCAUAAUAAUAAAAACAACAUGGCCGACAAUUGCAGUGUCGUAUCUAAGGACAACACGGUUAUUGCGGAGAUCUCCAAGGUAACAUUACAAACUGAUGUCUUGGAAGAAGCAGAUAGUUCAAUGUCUAGAAUAUCUAAUUCAACUGCAGAAUGGCCAAAAGAUGUCAGCCCUUGUCUAGCUGAAGAUAUAACUGAAGAAACUCAUCAAAGGUUUGACACAGGAAUAAAGAUGGCAGAUAAGUCAAAUUUGGCUCUAGAUGAAAAACUGCUACGGCUCAAAUUAUUAGAUGCCAAGCACAACGGUGUAAUAAAUAACUCUACUGAUUAUGACAUUAAAUAUAUGAUAGACAAAAAACAAAAAACUCAAAAUAUACAUGCUCGAUUAAAGAAACGUGAGAGAAAGCCACCUGAACUUGAAGAACCUUCAUCACCACUUAUCUCCAAAGCCGAUCGUCAUAAACUAAAUUUGCUCAGUCAUGGCUCAAAUCGGAAGAAAAUCGCACAACAUAAGUGUGCAAAGAAGAAAUAUAAAAAUGAUCAGAUGGUUCCGUCUGUUGAAUCUGCCCAUCCGAAGAUUCUGAUUGUUGAAAAUGGAUGUCGUGGAUUGGCUGAUCGGGCUGGUUACACUGUGUUGAGUGGAUUUAAACGAGGACCCGCAGUUGCUAACGGGGUAAGCCCGAGUGCUGCUUGUUUUUCCUUUGCCCAUAUGAUGCAUGUGUUUUAAAUUUUUCAAAUACGUGUGUAUAAUCCACUAGUUGAAUAUGUUUUCAAUUCCCUGCACUUAUGUGUGUUUUGAAUUGUGCAAUUACACAGACAUGUUUCUCUUUCUGUGGCCUGUAUGCUGCACUUUUUUUCAUUUUAAUCUUUGUCCGGGAUGUGUUUUAAUUAAGUCCAUGUGAAUUCAUUUGUUUUUAUUUAACAUGUGUAGACGCAUGUUUUGACAUUCAAAACAGUGUCUGCAUGUAAAUUUAGUUUUUCUAAAACAUGUGUGCAUGUUUUUACUUUAUGUUAACCCCUUCCUGCCCAUUUGUGUGAUUAUAAUGUGAUUGUCAUAGUUUACUUAAUAACUGAU